CGAUAUUGACAAUAGUUAGAAGAUCGGCGCCUUUUCACGCCGACAAAGGCAUGGACUCGAGACUUGGUGUUCGCUUGGCAGACGUGGAGGAGGGAGAUCAAUCUUGGAUCCCUUAUUAUUCUUCACUAAAUAUCGUGGUCUGAGAGGUUAUAGGAGUCUGCGCUAAAUAGCCUCAAGAGCCAUGGACUACCUCGCACUGACUGGAAGUCCGGUUCCUCGGUCUUUUGUCUAAAGCCAGCCAGUCGAGGAGCGUCGAGUUAGUCGAGUUACCGCAUUAUGGCAGACCAAAUUCAGCCCGACAUAUAUUCGCUUCCAACGAGCCCGCCUAACUUUGAUAGGGUGGGCACGUUCUACGUUGCAUUCUGCGCAACAUGGACCUUUCUCUUGAUUCUCGGCAUGGUAUUUCUAAUAACAAACCGUAGUAAUCCGAUCCUCAAGGUCCGUGGUAUAGGCUUAUCUCUUACUGCAAUCGCCUUCCUUCACGUGUACUGGAUUCUCGCUCAGAUUACAUAUCCCAUCGGAUUGACUAUGCCCAUCAUAGCCGCUUACACUGUGCAAUAUUUCUUCAUGGGGAUUUGGUUCCCUUUGGGUGUUGCCAUGUUCCACGCCUCCAAUACCCGCUUCUUGUAUGUUGCGAAACUGCAGAAGCGGUAUACGGAAUCGUCCGACUUUCAAAGGAAGCCGGGCUGCAAUGGAGCAAGUACUUCGUGGCUUUGCCGCUUGAGAAACUUGGAUUACCCAACGAGGAUCUUGAUUUAUAUUGGUCUGGGUAUAAUAGUUCAGAUUCUUCUUACAGUCGGCAUGUGGCUCGCGUGUAGUAAAUACCAUCCCGCAUUCGGGAUUGCUGGUACAGGGCUUCCUAACGCCCCGCUCGACGUGCAGAUAGUAGAACUAGGCCGUGGAUGGGAGUGGUGGCCAACUGCUCUAUGGCAAGCCAUAUGGACAUGGAUAAUAGCGCCCAUCAUGAUAUGGAAGGCUUGGGGCAUUCGAGAUACGCUGGGCUGGCGUUUCCAGACGAUAGGAUGCUGUCUCUCCAAUCUUCACGCUACACCGCUGUGGCUUAUAUCGAUGUAUGUGCCUGCCUUCGAACCGGUCAAUAAGUAUUUCUCUUCGAGCGAAUGGAUUCAUCUUUCCGUUAUGAUGUUUGAAAUAUUUGCUGUUUUUGUUCCUUGUUGGUUAGUCGUGAGGCAUCGUAGCCUACGCAAACGGGCAGCCGAGUCAAAUGCAAGGUGGGACACCGCGUCGCAGACAACCCUCAGAACCUCCACAACUGUGCAAUGGAAAUCUGCCUCACAUAUGGAAAAGGGCCUCGCCCUGGAACUCCUAGACCCUGAAAUGGGCGAUCGCCUAUUCACCAUGAACGCGCUCGACCACGUAUUAACCGAGAAUCCGGGUCCGCUACAGGAGUUUUCGGCACUGAGAGAUUUCUCAGGAGAAAAUAUUGCGUUCUUAACACGAGUGGCUUCUUGGAAAUCAUCAUGGCCUAGUGCCACCGAUGAAGACCAGAUUCGCGAUGUAUUCACUCGUGCGCUAGUUAUCUACACAAGCUUCAUUAGCCCCCGAGACGCCGAAUUCCCCCUGAAUCUCUCAUCGCAGGAUCUCAAGCGCCUUGAAUCCAUUUUCGAAAGCCCGGCGCGAAUACUGUGUGGCGAAGCGCGUCUUGAUCCAGCCACGCCAUUUGCGGUUGAUGCUGAUGGGUCCGCUAAGGAGCAAGGACGUAGUGGCGAUGAUUGGAUCGAGCUGUCGGAGGUGGCUGGUAGAAUACAGUAUGCGGGCGAGAUAUCCGACGCCUUCGACGCUACCGUAUUCGACAGUGCGCAGAAGCAUAUCAAGUACCUGGUCUUGACCAACACGUGGCCAAAAUUCGUGACAGAGAUACAGGAACGGAGGCGUUCUAGCGAGUCGGGGCGCAGCGACCGCACGGCGGGGUCUCACUCGUCGCUGGCAAGCCGAAUAUCGAAUUUUAUACACUCUAUUUUCUAAGUGUUAUGGAAAGGUGGUUUGAAUAUUAUUAAGGGGAGGCGUUGUUUAUUAAUACCCAAAAGUUAUUAACACCAUUUCACGCGAGUUUUGUCGCUGAAGCUCAACAUAGCUACGGCACCUAAAGAGUAG